ACACGCACGUGAUCAUCAUCAACAACACACACCACCUCAACAAUCCCUCUUCUUCUCCGAAACUUUCCAAAAAAAUUUCCACAAACAAAUCAAUUCCCAAAAUUCAUUUAUAUCCACACCAAAUUAAUAAAUAAAAAAAAAAAAAAAAAAAAAAAAAAAAAAUGCUAAAUCGCCAUGCACCCCACUCCCCCAUAAUUCUAGACAUAACAAUAAUCUCAGCUCACGGCCUCAAAAACAAUCCGGCGGCGGCGGCGUUUGCCACUUUCUGGCGACGUCUCCGCCCCUACGUCACCAUCAGCGUAGUGGGCGACGGCGACGGGACAAUGCAUAGAACUCGAGUCGACGAUAAGGGGGGCGUGAAUCCUACAUGGGGGGACAAGUUUCGAUUAUUCCUCGACCCGAGUUUUUUCGAACAAAGUUAUCGCGGGAUUUACCUGCAGCUAUACACGAAGCGUCUUUUGAUCGGGAGGACUUUGCUCGGGUGGUGCGUAAUUCCGGCUGCCGAUAUAUUUGAUCAGCCGCUGCCCAUCGGGUGCGCUCGGUUCUUGAGUUACCGGCUGAGGGCGCGGGACGGAUCGAGAGGGCACGGCAUUGUUAAUGUGUCGGUGAAAGUCGAGCAGCCCCCCGGGGGUACGGUUUCGAAUGACCUGCAAGAAAUGUUCGAUGGAAAUCAGUUCGCGAUUGGAAUUCCGGUAAAUAUCGUGUUAAUGUGAUCGCAAUCUUGUCGUGUAUAGAAGCAAACAACGGCAAAUUGAUUUACGAUAGAUUAUGGACAAGAUAUACAAUAUGCAUUAGUGUUCGCGACGAGUGUCUGUUUUUUUUUUCUGAAAAUUGCAUUGUGAACAAAGAAUCUUGGAUUGAUCGUGUGACAUCGAUGUGAAUCUGAAUUUCAGUGUAUUUAUCAGGCAACAAAUUGCGCGGCAUG